AUGGCGCCCACGCGGACAAUAAAAAACAAGCAUGCGACCAACAAGUCCGGCAUCAAGAACAGCAAGUCGUCCAAGUCGGGCGGCGGCCGCAGCUCGGGCGCCGAGGGCGUCGUCAAGACCAAGCGCGACAAGGGCAAGAUCCCGGCCUCGCAGCUCAACAGCGGCCGCUCCAAGAUGCUCGAGCUGCUGCAGCGCCGGCGCAAGACCCGCACGUACUCCGAGAAGGAGCUCGACAUUCCCAAGCUGAACACCAUCACGCCGGUCGGCGUCCAGAAGCCCAAGGGCAAGAAGAAGGGCAAGGUGUUUGUCGAUGACAAGGAGAGCAUGACUACCAUCCUGGCCAUGGUGCAGGCGGAAAAGGACGGCCAGAUCGAGUCGAAAAUCAUGAAGUCGCGGCAGAUGGAGGAGAUCCGCCAGGCACGUCUCGCCGAGGCCGAGAAGAAGGAGUCGGAUCGGCAGGCCAAGCUGGACGAGAAGAAGCAAUCGCUGCGCAAGAAGCGGAAGCGGCCGGGCAAGGAGGGCAGCGGCGGCGACGACGAGAGUGUCGGCCACCUGGCUUCGGCCGGCACCAAGGCCGGCAAGCCCAAGAAGAAGCGCGUGUCCUUUGCUGGCGCCGCCUCGGAAUGA